CGCAGUUACUGUGUCACUGGAGCCCGCGCGAGAGGUGGCCUGCAAGGACUGUAUCGCGCCGCCAGCCUUUUUUUCUGUGCGUGCGAUGUUUUCACUUUCGUCAUUUUGACCGGGCCAGUUUGAUUUGACGCCGCUCGCGCACGGACGUGCCUGGGGCCGGACAUUGUGAUAAUCCUGUGAUCGGUGGUGCUGCGGAUUGUUGUUGUUUUAUAUUUACACUUUUAUGAUUUAUUUUGUGAAAGAAUGGCUGUGAUGCAGUGUUAAUAUGUUUGACAGUAAUUUCCUUUUGAGUUUCUACAAUGAGAUUGCGAAUAGAAGUGCAUUACAAUUGGCAAGUGCUGGAAUGAUGGGCGAGGGCCUGCUGACUCUGACGUACGGCAAGCACCACGCCUGCAUCCUAAACGAGGUGGGGGCGGCGUGGAGAGGCGCCAGGUACUCAGACCUGGUGCUGGUUUGCGACGACGCUGUGCCAUUGGCUGCCCACCGCAUCGUCAUGGCAGCUGCUAGCCCACUAAUCAGAAAAAUCUUGGAUGAUACGCCAUCUGUUGAAAACCCAGUUACCAUCCACAUGUCUGGUAUAAACAGCACGCUGAUGAGACAUCUUCUUGUUUUCCUAUACAGCGGUCAAGCAUACAUUGAGUCUGGAGAAAUCGAUGAUAUGCAAGAAUUAUUUGAGCUCCUAGAAAUUAAAUCAGAUGUCUGGAAAUCUACAAAAGAACGACAACAAGCAGAAGAACGGAACAGAUCAUGUGAUAGAUUAAAAGCUAAAAGGACCGAUAUCAACAGCAACGAAAGUAGUAAGCAUGAUGCGCCUUCAGGAUCUUCACAUUCAGAGAGUGAGAGAGUUACACCGGGUGCAGGUUACAGCAGAGAUAAGGACAGAGGUGAAGAAUCAUUAAGUAUAAAAAAAGAAAAUAUGUCUACGAGCAGUAAUGAUGAAAGGGAUGAAGAUGAUGCAGAUGGAGAUGGAAAGGAGUGUGGUCGGCUGUCAUCACGCCGACGGAGUUCAUCUAAUCCCGUCAAUUUAUCCGUUGCAAGAAACUCUGAAAACGCCGGCAGUGAACACGAUGAGCAAGACUUGGAUGUUGAAACAGUUGCGGCUAAGAAUAUCGAGCGCAGACGAUCUACAACCUCAAGUCAAGAAGAUCCGCCACCUGAACCAACAUAUCGAAGACAACUACUAAGCGACAGAUUAGGGAGAGGCAGUGAACGAACAAAAAGAAAAUCUCAUUAUUUAGAGCCACCAGAAAUGGAUUUACGUACCGUGAAAUUGGAAGAUUACGCCCACCUUAAGCCUCCCGAUCAAGAUAUAAUGUCACUUGUCCAGACAUCUCCAGAAAAUUACGUUGUUACACCACAUCGAAAACGUCGACCCGGUUUCCAUAACUCACCAUCACAGAACCCCCCAUUUGUUUCCUUCCCGCCAAGUUAUUUGGAAGAAAUGGCACAUUUACGGUAUGCACAAGGACCCGUAGCUGCUGGAGUAGCGAGGCUUGGAGCUUUACACCCUUUGAGUGCGUCAGCACCUCCGUACCUUCCAGAAAGAAGCAUUACACCGCCUGCUGCAGCUCAUGAUGAUGCGCUCAGUAAAUACCGACCACCAAGCGCCGGAUCUUGGGGACCUUGGCUUUGCCAGCCCCAGAUGGGCGGAGAUGAUACACCGACAACAGAACAUGAACAGGGCUCAAGUAAACAGGCUCCCGUCAGAGAAUAUAGAUGUGAAUAUUGCGGCAAGCAGUUUGGCAUGUCAUGGAAUCUCAAAACACAUCUCAGAGUACACACUGGAGAAAAACCAUUUGCAUGCCGGCUCUGCGUCGCCAUGUUUAAGCAGAAGGCUCAUCUCUUAAAACAUCUUUGCUCGGUUCAUCGAAACGUGAUAUCAUCCAGCGAAAAUGACGGGAGAACCAAUACGCCAGGAAGAUUUAACUGCUGUUUCUGUCAAUUAUCUUUCGAGGCCUUACCUGAACUAAUUCGACAUCUUUCCGGACCGCACAAUAGCCUUCUACUAAGCAAAAAUCUACAUGAAUGACGCCCGUCAUCAUGACGCGGCAACACGCGUUUUGUUGGACUUUGAAACUCCUCUCGCGCUGAGAGAUAAAUUGUGAUAUGUGUUUAAAAAGGUAUAUAAUAAGUGUUAGUACAUAAGGUAUGAAAUCGCAGAGCGAUACUCAUAGUUAAACAUUCACAGAUUGAGGUCAUAGCGAAUGUGUCGUUACUGACUAAUAUUUUAGGUUCAUGUUUGCCGAAUGGGUCCAAAAUGUUAUAAUUUGUUUAAAAAUUAUAAUUCGGGACCAAUACCUUCCGAGAUAGUAUUUAUUUGAAAAUUGUAUUUCAUUAGCGUAAAUAUGAUGUAAAGCCACCGACACAUAAUUCCUUAAGAAUAGAAAAUAGAUGAAAACGUAGGAGAAAAGUUGCGAUAACCUCGGGCCGUCACACAAACUACCUCUUAAUAUAAAUUAUCAUUUUGUGAAACGAGUGACGUAUUUUCUUUGCUACCCUUGUUAUAUACAAAGUAUGGAACCAGUUGUGUUUACAUUGUCAAAAGUUACCUUAAAGAAAACACAUACUAUGCAUCCAUAGCAUAUAUUUGAUUGAAUUCUUCAUACUAUGUUCCAAUUACAUCUGAAAUGUAUUUCGCAGCUUUUCAAACAAUACUUAAAAUCUCAAUAUUAGUUUUAUCAUAUAUGUGAAAUAAAAUUGUGUUCGUAUGUUUAAAUUAAACUCAGCAUUAGUGCCGGUUAUGCAGUGUGGAUGAGCACCAAAGAUUUGUAAAGCAUGGACGUUGUUUUGGUGUACAAUUUAAGAGAAAUUAUAGGGACCUGAAUUGAAAUGCCUAAUUUUAAAGUAUGUAGGUACCAAUUUAAUAAUCUCAUGACUAAGCACUAUUCUCUUGUUUCUAUAACUUCUAUAAUUCCACUACGCUGUAUUAAAAUUUAUCCUUCUAUUUUUGAUAAAUUUAUUCUAGUAUUAAACGUUAGUUGUUAAGCUUAUUCUAAAUCUUUCGAAGCUUUUAAGUAUUCUUUUACUAUGGCCAGUUAUUUUUAAAUGGUAUCAUGUAGUUACUCAGUUUAUAUUAAUUACAUUAUUUCGGAAUGGUGUGUUUCUCUUGUCUGGCAAACGACAAUGCAAUGUUCAAUAUUCUAAUACUCAGAAGUCGAUUAAACAUUUUGUCCAUUCCCAAGGAGUUGUGCAAUUCAAAAAUCGAACCUUAUUUUAGAGACAUAAAGUUACCAACACGUUCAAAGUGUAGAAUAAUGACAAAUUGUCGAAUCGCUUUAAUUUUGUCUUAAUGUUACCUAUCGUUAUAUACCUGACUUUGUUUUUUCGUGUUUUACGUCGAUAUUGACGUUUAUUUUUAAUUGGGAACAACUUAAUCAUUGUGAUUGAGGUUUUGUUAGAUUAACAUGUAUGUGAUAAUCUGUUAGUGUAAGAAAGAGAACGCAGUCUUCCAUCGCGUUUUCCAAAUUUGAAUUACGUAAUUGUAAAUAUAGUUAGUGUUAAGAAUUUACAUGACAAAUGUCGUCCGUUAUCGCUGCCGCAAAUACGUAACCUGAACAAACAUGAUAUUACAUGCUUAGCACAAUAAGUGAUAUAAUGGCGAGGAGCCAAGUUUGCCUAAAAACAAUGCAAUCUAUUAGUAUUUCAUUUUUAUACGAAAUAGCAUUACAGUGUAAUCGCUAGAAAUUCCUUUUUCAAAAAUCGAUACUAAAUGUUUUUGUAUCAAGACAAUUACUAUAAAUUAACAAAUUAGUACAGGACGCCAACUAAUGUAAAUAUAAUGUUUAGUUUUAAGUUUUAUGAAAAAAGAAGCUUAACUUAAUACUUGUUGAACAUGAAUAUUUUUCUGUUAAUUGUAAAUUAAAACGUAUGUAAUAAGUUUCACAUAGUGUACAAUUUUUUGUAGAUAUUAUUUAGUACAUUAACAUUCUGUAAAAAUGUGUUCUUACCGUAGUAAAUUAAAUAACGAGAAUAUUUUAGUUACACA